CUCUCUCACCUCCCCCUUCAGUUUCUCUUCUCUCUUUUCUCUCCUCUCAAGCCCCACCUCUACUACUCACAAUGUCUCCCAUCGCCCACUCCCUCCGCCCCUUCGCUUCCCGUCUCCUCGCCCAGAAGCUCCCUCUCCCCUCCGUCUGCAGGGCCGCCGCCGCGCCCGCCAGUUUCCCGCGGGGAAGUAUCCGGUGCUUCUCCCAGAGCCCUUUGGCUCAAUUGAAGAAGUACACUGAGUCGCACGAAUGGAUUGAGCUCGCUGAUGAUGGCAAGACGGCCAAAAUCGGCAUCACCAAAUACGCCGCGCACUCCCUGGGCGACGUUGUCUUCGUCGAGCUCCCGGAAGUCGGUCUGGAAGUCAGCGCCGGCGAGCCCGUCGGCGCCGUCGAGUCCGUCAAGUCGGCGUCGGACGUUCUCUCCCCGGUCUCCGGCACCGUGACGCAGGGCAACGCCGUGCUGGACGACAAGGCCAAGUUCAUCAACCAGAGUCCCGAGGACGAGGCCUGGAUCGCCGAGAUCGAGGUCGCUGACGUCAAGGAGUUGGAUGCGCUGUUGGAUGAGAAGGCCUACAAGGAGACGAUUGAUGAGGAGUAAGAGGUUGAGUGAUUUCUUUCUUUCUUCUCUUUUGGCUGGGGGUGAAUUACUUGAAUUGAUGGAUGGAUGAUGGUUGUUGGUUUAUAAAGUGCGGUUCUGUUAUGAUUGUUGUUGGUUGGUUGGCCUUUUUGGCUGGAUUUUAUUGGUUGUUUGUGGAAUGGGAAUGGGAAUGAAUGGAUGGUUAUGUCUUCAUCACAAAGUGACUGUCUAGUGUCUAGAGUUACGUACGCUACGUCGUGCCGUCAUCGGCGGGUCUUUUCUUCAACAAAAGGCAACCUGUCUGUCUGUCCGGGCAGAGCAGACGGGAAAUGGAAUAUAUGAUAUUACCUGAGUU